GGUGCCCCUGGGGACCCCACCAGGAAGUGACACUUUCCAUUUCACGUCACAGCCAGCUGCCAAAAGCGGCUGGGAAGGGGUUGCUUCUUCGCCUGUGGGUGCAGAGCAAGAGACUGAGGGAGGGAUGGACGAGGGGGUCACGUACGCUGAUCUGCGCUUGCCUCCCACCCCAGGUAAUGCUCCCCAGCAGACCGUGCGGCUGCCCUGGUGCUGGGCUGCCCUCAGCCUGGCUGUCCUCUCCCUGCUGCUUCUGCUGGCACAAAUCAUCCUCAUCAGCUUGAGCUUCCACUAUUUAGGACAACAGGCGAGCUGCACCUGUGGUGCCUGGAGCGGGGAGGAGAGCCCCAGCUAUGGGCGACAGAUGCAGCGAGGGCGAUGCCAGUUCUGCCCAGCUGGCUGGCUCUGGGAUGCGGGGCAGUGCUACUACUUCUCCUUCACCAAGAAGAGCUGGGAGCAGAGCAGAGAGGACUGCUGCUCCAGAGGGGCACAGCUGGUCACCAUCCGAGCCAACACCACCCUGGCUUUCCUGAUGCGCACAGCCAACACAGAGGUCUUCCACGUGGGGCUGAAGCGGGAUGGCUCCAGGUCUGACUGGAAGUGGCUGGAUGGCACUGCACUGAAGGGGCUCUUCCCAAUCCAUCGCUCCACCAGCUCCUUCCUGGCCUGCGGCAGGGUGUCAGGGCUGGGGCUGUCAGGUGGUCUGUGUGGGGAAGCCCUGGGCUGGGUUUGUGAGCAGCGCGCAUCCACCCUGCAGUGGGUCCGGUCCUCGCCACCCACCCUCCUCUGGGGAAACACCACCUACACCUGCAUUGGCCCCUGAUGACCAUGGGGACCUCCAGCCUGUCCCAUCCCAAUGCACAGGCAUCCUUUGGUGCUGCUGCUUCCUCAUUCAGACGCUUCACCCCGCUGGAUCUCUGCAAUUUGCCAAUAAAUCCUGGCACUUGAAUGCUGUGGCUGGUUUUGGGGGAUGAGGGCGGUGGGAUGGAGGUGCAUCCUCUGGUGCCCAGACCCAAUCGCAUUGCUGCUGGGUGGGAAACAGCACUGGAAGAAGUGGCAUCGAUCUGAGCACCCUCAUGUCCUGGGGGCAGCCUGGAAAAGCUCCUGUGCAGGCUGGAGCAGAUCCCUGCAAAGCUCCGGGCUUUUGGUUGUGGUGGUGGCUGUCCAGGGUUUAUUCUGCUUCGGUAAGCAUCCCUGGUCACAUGGAGGGCUGGGCAGGAGCUUGUCCGCUGGUUCACAUCCAGUCUGAGGAGGUCACAGCAAAUGCCCUCACUUUGCCUUGAGGCUGGGUGAUGAGUGAGAGUCUAAAAGGUCUACAGGGUCUUGGUUUGGAGGGGCUU